CUUCUGAGACACCGUUCGGCGUCGGCGUUCAUGGUGGCUGAACGGUCGCAUUAAAAAGAUUCUCGAACUUGAUUCAAAAUUAUUUUAUAUUCAGUGAUUUGUUUAUCGUAAUAAAACAUAUUUGGAAAGCAGAUACAAUGGACACAGAAAAUCUUCCAAAAAAGCGAUCCCAUGGAGAGGAGGAAAAUUCUGGUUCAGAAGGAUCAGAGGAUGAUGAUUAUGUUCCGUACGUUCCGGUCAAAAUCAGAAAACAACAAAUGCUGCAGAAAAUGUUGCGUCUGCGGGGAAAAGCGGUGGACGAGGAGCAGAAGGACAGCGGGGAGGAGCAGAGAGAUGAGGAUGAGGGUCUCGGUCCACGCUCCAACGUUAGUCUGCUUGACCAGCAUCAGCAUUUAAAGGAAAAAGCUGAAGCUCGUAAGGAGUCGGCCAAAGAGAAGCAGCUGAAGGAGGAGGAGAAGAUUCUUGAAAGCGUUGCUGAGGGCCGAGCUUUGAUGUCUGUCAAGGAAAUGGCUAAAGGUAUCAUAUACGAUGAUCCUAUAAAAACAAGUUGGAAGGCACCGCGUUACAUCCUGAAUAUGCCUGAAACCAGACACGAACGUGUCAGGAAAAAAUUCCACAUCCUGGUUGAUGGAGAUGGCAUCCCUGCUCCAAUCAAAAGUUUCAGAGAGAUGAAGUUCCCACCAGCAAUUCUAAAAGGCUUAAAAAAGAAGGGAAUUGUACACCCAACACCCAUUCAAAUUCAAGGAAUCCCCACAGUUCUGUCAGGUCGAGACAUGAUUGGAAUUGCCUUCACUGGAUCCGGAAAGACUCUGGUGUUCACGCUGCCGAUCAUCAUGUUUGCUCUGGAGCAAGAAAAGAGGCUGCCUUUCUUUAAAAGAGAGGGACCAUACGGACUCAUCAUCUGUCCUUCACGAGAGUUGGCAAGGCAGACUCACAGCAUCAUCGAGUAUUACUGCAAGCUGCUGGAGGAGGAAGGAGCCCCCCAGCUCCGCACUGCCCUUUGCAUCGGGGGAAUGUCUGUCAAGGAGCAGAUGGAGGUUGUUAAACAUGGCGUUCACAUGAUGGUUGCCACCCCGGGAAGACUGAUGGAUCUGUUGCAGAAGAAGAUGGUCAGUCUGGACAUUUGUCGUUACCUGGCUCUGGAUGAAGCUGACAGGAUGAUUGACAUGGGCUUUGAGGAAGACAUCAGGACCAUCUUUUCCUAUUUCAAGGGACAGAGGCAAACCCUUCUAUUUAGUGCCACUAUGCCCAAAAAGAUCCAGAACUUUGCCAAGAGCGCUCUGGUCAAACCGGUCACCAUUAAUGUGGGGAGAGCCGGAGCAGCCAGCUUGGACGUCAUUCAAGAAGUGGAGUAUGUCAAAGAAGAAGCCAAGAUGGUUUACCUUCUGGAGUGUCUCCAGAAAACUCCGCCUCCUGUUCUCAUCUUUGCUGAGAAGAAGGCGGACGUGGAUGCCAUCCACGAGUAUCUGCUGCUGAAAGGAGUGGAGGCAGUGGCCAUACACGGAGGAAAAGACCAAGAAGAAAGAACUAAAGCCAUAGAAGCAUUUAAAGAAGGGAAGAAAGAUGUCUUGGUUGCUACAGAUGUCGCCUCCAAAGGUCUGGAUUUCCCAGCUAUUCAACAUGUCGUGAACUAUGACAUGCCUGAAGAGAUAGAAAACUAUGUCCACAGGAUUGGAAGAACCGGGCGAUCGGGAAAGACCGGUAUUGCCACGACCUUCAUCAAUAAAGCCUGCGACGAGUCAGUGCUGAUGGACCUGAAAGCUCUGCUAAUUGAAGCCAAGCAGAAGGUUCCUCCAGUCCUCCAGGUUCUCCAGACGGGAGAUGAAACCAUGCUGGACAUUGGAGGGGAGAGAGGCUGCACAUUUUGCGGUGGCCUCGGCCAUCGGAUCACAGACUGUCCAAAGCUGGAGGCCAUGCAGACCAAGCAGGUCACCAACAUCGGACGGAAAGACUACCUGGCUCAUAGCUCAAUGGAUUUUUAAUGGCUCUUUUUUUAAGAACAUGUCCUAUCAGUGUCCAGCAGAUGUGAGAAACUUUUGUUAGAACUGUACAGUAGGUGUUGUGUCACUAAAAGAAGGAAGUGUAUUUAAUUACCACCUAAUAUCAUGUAAGGUGAAAAUGUUUGUUUCUAUUUUUUUUCUUAAAAUGGACUUUUAUUUUGUAAAUGCCUUUUUUUACAAGAACAAAAACCUUUUGAGCUUUUAAGUUGUAAAUAAAACUUCUAUUCUUGUUGA